ACCGUACUAAUUCCAUUUCGUCUCUUUGUUCUUUUCUCCACCGUCUCAUUCCUUUUGACUCUUUCAUCGCCUGAGAAAAUAUGACUUCUCCGGGAAAAUCUCCGAGAUCCGACCGCAAAUCACCGACGGUUGUCACCGUGCAGCCGUCGUCUCCCAGAUUCCCGAUCGGCACACCUACUGCUGGAGCUCAACGUAAGAUCGGGAUCGCUGUCGAUCUAAGCGACGAGAGUGCCUACGCUGUUCAAUGGGCUGUUCAGAACUAUCUCCGAUCAGGUGACGCCGUCGUUCUCCUCCAUGUUCAACCGACAAGUGUACUUUACGGUGCCGAUUGGGGCGCCAUUGACUUGUCGCCGCAGUGGGAUCCGGAGAACGAAGAGUCUCAGAGGAAGCUUGAGGACGAUUUCGACAUUUUCACUAAUAAGAAAGCGAGUGACGUUGCUCAGCCUUUGGUUGAGGCGGAUAUUCCGUUUAAGAUCCAUAUUGUGAAGGAUCACGAUAUGAAGGAGAGGCUUUGUUUGGAGGUGGAGAGGUUAGGGCUAAGCACUUUGAUUAUGGGUAGUAGAGGAUUUGGUGCUACGAAGAGGAGCAGCAAAGGGAGGUUAGGGAGUGUCAGUGAUUACUCAGUUCAUCAUUGUGCUUGUCCGGUGGUUGUUGUUAGAUUUCCUGAUGAUAAGGAUGGAGAAGAUGAGAAAUCUGGCGAAAGUGGUGGGGAGAAUCUGGUGGAAAGUGAUAAACUUCAUACAGUGCCUGAGUUGGCUGAGGAAGAGGGAGACAAAGAUGAGUACCAUGAUGCUUCGGAUAAGCAGCAGCAGCAUCAAGGUUGACUUUGAAUGCAGAAGGAGACCUCCCUAAGGAGACAUAGAAGGAAAACAAAGCGUUCCUAUGCCCUUGGUUUGUGUUCUUGAGCGUGCUUAAUUGUUUUGUUUUUGGGGUCUUCUAGAUCUUCGUUGUAAGUAUGGUCUUGUUUCUUGGUUUUUGUUUUAAACUCUGUGGAAUUUGGGAUGAGUGGAUUUAAUGUGUUUUGUUUGUCUUUGAAAAAGCAGUGAAAAGAAUUUCAAUGGUCUUGUAUAUAAAAACGUCUUUGACGGUUCCAAAUAAUAUUCAUAACUUCUCUAA